AAAUGUACAUUCGAUACAAUGGAAAAUAAUAGGUAAGAGUGCUAUCUCGUCAGUUACACCGAAUCGACGAUGGCGGAGUCAAGCUUGAAACGGCGGAAAGCAGAAGAAGAGGACAGACUGAGUAGUUUACCGGACUCCAUUCUAUGCCAUAUACUAUCCUUCCUCCCAACUCGAACCUCCGUCGCAACCAUGACUCUCGUCUCUCACAGGUGGCGACACCUCUGGGAGCAUCUCCAGGUCUUCGACUUCGACGACUACGACUACGAUCCUCACUUUUACGACGACAGUUUCAAAAAAUUUGCAUCCUUCGUCAAUGCUGUACUCACCCUCCGUAGAUCCCGCAACAUUCGGAAGUUCCGUCUCAACUGUGAUUACCCGGAUCCCAAAAUGUUUGAGCUGUGGUUCCGUGCCGCCACUGGUCCCCACCUUCAAGAACUCUCUCUCACCGUUCUAAACGCCGAUGAUUUUGUUAAACUCCCUCCUUCCCUCUUCAUCAACUGCAACAACCUCGUUUCCCUCCGUCUGCAUGGUGUAGAAAUCCAUAUCAAAGAUCAACAUUCUCCGCUUCAUUUUCCAUUACUGAAGAGACUGAAACUUGGUGUAGAGACUGUGGAUUCGGUAGUUGCUUUUCUCUCUGCCUGCCCGGUGCUGGAAACUCUAGAUAUUAACUUUUUCCUUGAAGACAUAUCUUUGAACGAAGUUCCCAUUCCACCUUCUUUCAGCUCCAAGAGCUUGAAAUCCACCAAUCACAAUUUCACUUGGACUCACUUUAAGUUUGGUAUAUAUCCCCAUGACAUGGGCAUCGUUGGCAACUUUCAUAGUAUGGUGGAAGCAUUUCUCGAUGUCUUUUCCUCACGUGAAAGUGAAUUUGUCGACCCUAUUCUCAACAGCCUCUUCCAAGAUAACAAAAACAGUGAAAUAAAUAUACUUUCGCGUCAUUUGACAUCAAAGUUGCCACUUCAUGCCCCUGUUCUAAAUUAUCCAGAAUUUCGCAAUUUAUUUCAUCUAAAGUUCAUUCUUCCCUGCUUCAACUCGAAUCUUCUGGUCGACGCUCUUGAAAAAUGCCACGUGCUUCGAGUUCUCAUAAUUAAGAGCAGCAAGGAGGAACCACGACCAUUGAGAACAUGGGAGCCAGAGUCAACAACAGUUUUUGAAUGUCUCAAAUCCCACCUGACUUAUAUUCACAUAGAAGGAUAUCAAGGAUUGGAAGAUGAGCUGGCAUUUGCUGACUAUAUUUUGCGGAACGGACUUGUAUUGAAGACAAUGCUUAUUUUUGUUGAUAUUUCAAUGGACAAAACAAACAAGUAUUGUUCUCUCAAAAGAUUAACUGACAUACCAAAGGGCUCUGUUACAUGUGAACUUAAAUUUGACCCAGCUCUGUCUCCAAAUUAAGGGCGCAUUUGGAGUGUUGUGAUUUCUUAAGCUGUCAGCGUCAUCUUUGGUGGGCUUUAUUAACAAGAGACAUUGGGAGCAAACGGAUAAAUAUGCAUUUUGCAAUUCAGUUAGUAUGCUUUUUGGUUGGCUAAUAUCAAGACAUGGUAUACAAAAGGUCAUAAUUGUGUCCAAUACUGCUAGCUGUCCUGGUGAUGCUCUUAAAUAUUGUUAUUGGUUAUUUCUAGAAAAAAGUCAUUGAAAAACCUGAUUUAUCACCUUUAAGUAUGGCCUUUGAAGUAACUUGCUUAGAGUAACUACAAAUCAAUAAUGUCACUACCCAUUACCCAAUAUCAACUGGGGUCAUUGAGAUAAAUUAGUUCAGUGUUGCAAUUUAUUUGUGGUUUAUAUUUCAUAUCUUUUGGAUUUUUAAGAGUACCAAACUAUUGUCCUUAAGAUUUUGAGGUCAAAUAGGGAAUAUGCUGCUCUUUUAAUUACAAGAAUUUGAGUUCCUUUA